GUUGUUCACUUGCGCGCCCGCUGGAGGAGGAUUUUUAUUGACGCGCGUCCAGGAUUCCAGUCCACCUGCACCGGUGAGAUCAGAUAAUAAAAAUAAUAUAAAAAAAACAAAAACGGGUGAGUGAUGGCCGCGUCAGAACCGAGAGCCACCGGCGGGGACCUGCAGGACCCCAACACCGCCAACCUGAGACCCUCAUCCACAACCAACGAGUAUGCGUGGGUGCAUGGAUGCACAAGGAAACUGGGCAUGAAGAUUUGUGGGUUCCUGCAGAAGAACAACAGCCUGGAGGAGAAGGGGAGGCUGGGCCAGAAGAACCUGCUGUCCUGCGACAACAGUGACCGGGACGCCCGGUUCCGACGCACCGAGACCGACUUUUCCAACCUGUUCGCCCGAGAUUUGCUGCCCGCCAAAAACGGAGAAGAGCCGACCAUGCAGUUUUUGCUGGAGGUAGUCGACAUCCUCACCAACUACGUGAAGAAGACGUUCGACCGCUCCACCAAGGUGCUGGACUUCCACCACCCUCACCAGCUCCUGGAGGGCAUGGAGGGCUUCAACCUGGAGCUGUCCGACCAGCCCGAGUCCCUGGAGCAGAUCCUGGUGGACUGCAGGGACACGCUAAAAUACGGCGUCCGUACGGGUCACCCCCGCUUCUUCAACCAGUUGUCCUCAGGCCUGGACAUCAUCGGCCUUGCCGGGGAGUGGCUCACCUCCACCGCCAACACCAACAUGUUCACCUACGAGAUCGCGCCAGUGUUUGUUCUGAUGGAGCAGCUGACCCUGAAGAAGAUGAGAGAGAUGAUCGGCUGGUCCGGCGGAGAGGGAGACGGCCUUUUCUCACCAGGGGGCGCCAUUUCCAACAUGUACAGUGUGAUGAUCGCACGUUACAAGUACUUCCCGGAGGUCAAAACCAAGGGCAUGUCGGCGGCUCCUCGCCUGGUUCUCUUCACGUCUGAACAUAGCCACUACUCCAUAAAGAAGGCCGGGGCUGCCCUGGGUUUUGGCACUGAGAACGUGAUUCUGUUGAGCACGGACGAAAGGGGGAGGGUCAUUCCCGCCGAUCUGGAGGCCAAGAUUAUUGACGCCAAACAGAAGGGUUACGUGCCGAUGUUCGUCAACGCCACGGCCGGCUCCACCGUCUACGGAGCCUUUGACCCCAUCAAUGAGAUCGCUGACAUCUGCGAGAAGUACAACCUGUGGCUGCACGUGGAUGGAGCGUGGGGCGGCGGGCUGCUGAUGUCCAGGAAGCACCGCCACAAGCUCAGCGGAAUCGAGAGGGCCAACUCCGUCACAUGGAACCCCCACAAGAUGAUGGGUGUGCCUCUGCAGUGUUCGGCCAUCCUGGUCAGAGAGAAGGGACUGAUGGGAGGGUGCAACUCCAUGUGUGCCGGUUAUUUGUUCCAACCGGACAAGCAGUACGACGUCACGUACGACACCGGCGACCAAGCCAUCCAGUGUGGUCGCCAUGUCGACAUAUUCAAGUUCUGGCUCAUGUGGAAGGCCAAGGGCACCAUUGGAUUCGAGCAGCACAUCGACAGAUGCUUGGAUCUGUCCCAGUACCUGUACAACAAGAUCAAGAACAGAGAGGGCUACCAGAUGGUGUUUGAUGGAGUGCCCCAACACACCAACGUCUGCUUCUGGUAUAUUCCACCCAGCCUGAGGGGCAUGCCGGAGAGCGAGGAGAGGCGAGAAAAGCUCCACAGGGUCGCACCAAAGAUUAAGGCCCUGAUGAUGGAGUCGGGGACCACCAUGGUGGGCUACCAGCCUCAGGGUAAUAAGGUCAACUUCUUCCGCAUGGUGGUCUCCAACCACGCGGCCACUCAGUCCGACAUCGACUUCCUCAUCGAGGAGCUGGAGAGGCUGGGUCAGGACCUGUAGACCGCCUGGCGCCAUGUGUCGCGUUUCUAUGGCGCGGCUUUCGGACUGCUCCCCACCUGAAAAGAACUCAACGGCAAGACUGCGACCCCCCCAACCCCCGCAACCCCAUUUGUCCUCCUCCAGGUGUAACCCGCAUAGUUCCAGGUAACCGAUGGACGUGUGCCGGGUAUUCCUUGUACUUGCGUGUGUUCAAUCGUGUGUCGUUCGAUGUAGAUUGUGGUUCGAUACGCAGAAAAAAAGCACAGAUCUCACACAGUAUCAUAAGAGGAUUUUUCCAACCACGUGUACAUAGUGUUUAGUAUGAUAUUUAUCGAAGAUUAUAAUGAACAUAGGCGGUCUUCGUUUUGUACGACGAUCCGAAACUCAUUGUCCUUGAGCAUUUAAAGGAUCUGCUCCUACGGUCAUCAGUAAGCGGUGUAGUGGUCUCGUUAUUGAGACGGGAGGGUUGCCAGAGGUUUCGUUGCAAGACCAGUAUCAACCUGUGAGCCUUAUGUGGAUUUAGGAGAAGGCUAAAUGUUUGAAACCUUAAAUGAAAGUGACGUAUUUAAGGCCGAUAAUAAUGAGGGGUGUCCCAAUCCGAUCGGUGUGAUAUCAGCAAAACAAGUAUCAAACGAUAUUCGUUAGAUUCUAAAAUUUUGUGCAAAGCUGGACAGUAGUGAUGUGCGGAUCGAUACUGAAACGUCGAUACCGGCUCCGUAUGCUUUACUAUUGAUUCUUAAAUCAAACUAUCGAUUAUUUUAACACUUUUGUUGUUUGAGAUAAUAUACAAGCCAAAAGUUUGGACACACCUUCUACUCAUUCAAUGGGUUUUCUUUAUUUUCAUGACAAUUUACAUUGUAGAUUGUCCCUGAAGGCAUCAAAACUAUGAAUGAACACAUGUGGAGAUUGUCCCUGAAGGCAUCAAAACUAUGAACGAACACAUGUGGAGAUUGUCCCUGAAGGCAUCAAAACUAUGAAUGAACACAUGUGGAGAUUGUCCCUGAAGGCAUCAAAACUAUGAACGAACACAUGUGGAGAUUGUCCCUGAAGGCAUCAAAACUAUGAAUGAACACAUGUGGAGGUUGUCCCUGAAGGCAUCAAAACUAUGAACGAACACAUGUGGAGAUUGUCCCUGAAGGCAUCAAAACUAUGAAUGAACACAUGUGGAGUUAUGUACUUAACAAAAAAAGGUGAAAUAACUGAAAACAUGUUUCAUAUUCUAGUUUCUUCAAAAUAGCCGCCCUAUCGCUCCGAUUACUGCUUUGCACACUCUUGGCAUCCUCUCCAUGAGCUUCAAGCACACCUGUGAAGUGAAAAACCAUUUCAGGUGACGAUAGCUCUUGAAGCUCAUCCAGAGAAUGCCAAGAGUGUGCAAAGCAGUAAUCAAGAAGAAAAUAAAGAAAAGCCCAUUGAAUGAGAAGGUGUCCAAACUUUUGGCCUGUACUGUAUAUCCUCAUCAGGACCACAGUGGGGCGGGCCCCGCUAUUUGGGCCACCUUCGAGGUACUCAAAGCGCUUUGACGCUAUUUCCACAUUCACCCAUUCACACACUCACACGUUCACACAUUGAUGCGACCCAUCAGGAGCGAAGGGUGAAGUGUCUCGCCCAAGGACACGGCAAACGUGACUACCAACCGAGCCACGCCGUCCCCAGAAGCCCAUUAGAAAGUAUCCAGUAACAAGCGUGUCCGCAUCAUUGAACUUCCUGGCGCCGCGGGCUUAAUGUAUUGGAUGUUGGCAAAACAACCGGUGAGGGUUGGACUCCGCCAAGGCUGCCCUUUGUCACCGAUUCUGUUCAUAACUUUUAUGGACAGAAUUUCUAGGCGCAGUCAAGACGUUGAGGGGAUCCGGUUUGGUGGCUGCAGGAUUAGGUCUCUGCUUUUUGCAGAUGAUUUGGUCCUGAUGGCUUCAUCUGGCCAGGAUCUUCAGCUCUCACUGGAUCGGUUCGCAGCUGAGUGUGAAGCGACUGGGAUGAGAAUCAGCACCUCCAAGUCCGAGUCCAUGGUUCUCGCCCGGAAAAGGGUGGAGUGCCAUCUCCGGGUUGGGGAGGAGAUCUUGCCCCAAGUGGAGGAGUUCAAGUACCUCGGAGUCUUGUUCACGAGUGAGGGAAGAGUGGAUCGUGAGAUCGACAGGCGGAUCGGUGCGGCGUCUUCAGUAAUGCGGACGCUGUAUCGAUCCGUUGUGGUGAAGAAGGAGCUGAGCCGGAAGGCAAAGCUCUCAAUUUACCGGUCGAUCUACGUUACCAUCCUCACCUAUGGUCAUGAGCUUUGGGUUAUGACCGAAAGGACAAGAUCACGGGUACAAGCGGCCGAAAUGAGUUUCCUCCGCCGGGUGGCGGGGCUCUCCCUUAGAGAUAGGGUGAGAAGCUCUGUCAUCCGGGGGGAGCUCAAAGUAAAGCCGCUGCUCCUCCACAUCGAGAGGAGCCAGAUGAGGUGGUUCGGGCAUCUGGUCAGGAUGCCACCCGAGCGCCUCCCUAGGGAGGUGUUUAGGGCACGUCCGACCGGUAGGAGGCCACGAGGAAGACCCAGGACACGUUGGGAAGACUAUGUCUCCCGGCUGGCCUGGGAACGCCUCGGGAUCCCCCGGGAGGAGCUGGACGAAGUGGCUGGGGAGAGGGAAGUCUGGGCUUCCCUGCUUAGGCUGCUGCCCCCGCGACCCGACCUCGGAUAAGCGGAAGAAGAUGGAUGGAUGGAUGGAUGGAUGGAUGGAUGUUGGCAAAAGACAAAUUACUGCUCCUCUUCAAAAUCUGCCGUAAGUUUAGUGUUUUUCAUACCUUCGCCUUCUAGAACAUUUCCCAGUACAAAAUAAUAAUGUUGAUUUCCUAUCAGAAUAAUAUCGGUAUCGGCCAAUACGGUAAUGAAAAAGUUGUAUCGGGACACCCCUAAUAAUAAUGAUAAUAAUAAUAAUGAUAAUAAUAAUAAUAACAACAAUAAUAAUAUUAAUUAACAUGGAUAUUAUUAUUUUGAUUACAUUACUUAUUAUUAUUAUUACUUAUUAUUAUUAUUAUUAUCACUAUAAUAAUAGUAAAGGGUGGUUUAAGUGGUGGUAGAUGGUAGCAGCAAGUGAGAUUAUAAAAAGGGAUAAAAAUAAGGAAUUUUAAAAAAUUAAUGUUGUAUUUAAUUCCUGUAUUUAGUGUUUCUAUUGCUGUAUUUUAUGUCCUCGGAACGUCGGAAACCCGAGGACCACCUAUACAUGAGGUACUAAAACGAAUGGAGAAAGGAACCUCUGUCACAACGUCUGUGAUCACGUCUGCAUUUUUAAAAUGCUGGCUCGUUGUCUGUUUCAUAUGCAAUCUUGUGAUAAAUGUGUUAUAAAUAAUAUUUAUGAUAAUAUAUAUAUACAUACAUAUAUAAAGAGGCAUUUCCAUUGUACACUGAUUCAGGUAUUGAAACGUAAAUGUAUCCUCACGUGUAGUUCAUGGUGAUGAUUUGUAUUAUGUAAAUCACAGGACAUCUCCACAUAUAGUGACUUUUGUCAGCCAAAGAAAGAGAAUAGAGGCGGAAAUAGUGCGAGUCGUUAUUCCCCCACGUAUAACUUAUUAGAUGUUUGUAACCUUUGGACCCCGUAACGGCGAUGCAAUUUUUCAUGUGCGCUUCUUUCCGUCAUUUGUUGAGUCUUUGAAUGUCCGAGGGGGACCGACGGGAUGGAGAAAAAGACGUCUUUACUUUCCUCCGGCUGGUGUUUUUAUUCCAGCAAGGAGAAGUACGUGCGAAAUUCUGUAUCCCUGAAAUAUUCGGUAUCCCCUACCGUGGGCGCGCUUGGGGGCGGAGCUCUGUGCUUUGUUCAGAGAGCGGCAGCACUUUCGUGUUAUAAGCGAUGUCAAUGAUUAUACAUAUUAUGUAUCCCCUGCUAACCUUUUUUUCGAUUAAUAAUAUUAGUCUAGAAUAAAACGUAUAUUGUUAAUACAUCAAUUGAGGAAAAUAGAGGGGGGACACAUUUUAUGGCAGCACAGAAAUAUGCUAAAAUAUUAUGUAUCCCCUACUAACUUUUUUUCGAUUAAUAAUAUUAGUCUAGAAUAAAACGUAUAUUGUUAAUACAUCAAUUGAGGAAAAUAGAGGGGGGACACAUUUUAUGGCAGCACAGAAAUAUGCUAAAAUAUUAUGUAUCCCCUACUAACUUUUUUUGUAAUUAAUAAUAUGAGUCCAAAUGUACACAUUUAGCUGUAAAUUAUACUAAAACUGUACAUAAUAAACCACAUGAAGUUACAACAUAAUUUGAGGAAAUUAGAAGGGGGACACAUUUUAUGGCAGCACAAAAAUAUGCUAAAAUAUUAUGUAUCCCCAACUAACUUUUUUUGUAAUUAAUAAAAUGAGUCCAAAUGUACACAUUUAGCUGUACAUGAUACUAAAAGUGUACAUAAUAAACUACAUGAAGUUACCACAUAAUUUGAGGGAAAUAGAAGGGGGACACAUUUUAUGGCAGCACAAAAUAAUGCUAAAAUAUUAUGUAUCCCCUAAAUUUUUCUGUAAUUAAUAAAAUGAGUCCAAAUGUACACGUUUAGCUGUACAUGAUACUAAAAGUGUACAUAAUAAACCACAUGAAGUUACUACAUCAUUUGAGAGAAAUAGAAGGGGGACACAUUUAAUGGCAGCACAGAAAUAUGCUAAAAUAUUAAGUAUCCCCUAAUAACUUUUUUUGUAAUUAAUAAAAUGAGUCCAAAUGUACACAUUUAACUGUAAAUUAUACUAAAAUUGUACAUAAUAAACCACAUGAAGUUACUACAUAGUUUGAGGGAAAUAGAAGGAGGACACAUUUUAUGGCAGCACAUAAAUAUGCUAAAAUAUUAUGUAUCCCCUAAAUUUUUCUGUAAUUAAUAAAAUGAGUCCAAAUGUACACGUUUAGCUGUACAUGAUACUAAAAGUGUACAUAAUAAACCACAUAAAGUUACUACAUAAUUUGAGGGAAAUAGAAGGGGGACACAUUUAAUGGCAGCACAGAAAUAUGCUAAAAUAUUAAGUAUCCCCUACUAACUUUUUUUGUAAUUAAUAAAAUGAGUCCAAAUGUACACAUUUAGCUGUAAAUUAUACUAAAAUUGUACAUAAUAAACCACAUGAAGUUACUACAUAGUUUGAGGGAAAUAGAAGGAGGACACAUUUUAUGGCAGCACAGAAAUAUGCUAAAAUAUUAUGUAUCCCCUACUAACUUUUUUUGUGGUUAAUAACAUAAGUCCAAAUUCACACGUUUUGUUGUUGAAGAUGCUAAGUAUGUACAUAAUAAAACACAUGAUGUUAGUACAUCAAUUGAGGAAAAUAGAGGGGGGGGGACACAUUUUAUGGCAGCACAGAAAUAUGCUAAAAUAUUAUGUUUCCCCUAAUAACUUUUUCUGUAAUUAAUUAAAUGAGUCCAAAUGCAUACAUUUAGCUGUAAAUGAUACUAAAAGUGUACACAAUAAACCACAUGACGUCACUACAUAAUUUGAGGGAAAUAGAAUGGGGACACCUGUUAUGGCAGCACAGAAAUAUGCUAAAAUAUUAUGUAUAUAGCAGUAUAUUGCCCUCAAAUGAUGUAUAACUUCAUGUGGUUUAUUAUGUACACUUUUAGUAUCAUUUACAGCUAAAUGUGUACAUUUGGACUCAUUUUAUUAAUGACAAAAAAAGUUAGUAGGGGAAUACAUAGUAUUUCAGCAUAUUUCUGUGCUGCCAUAAAAUGUGUCCCCCUUCUAUUUUCCUCAAAUGAUGUAGCAACUUCAUGUGGUUUAUUAUGUACACUUUUCGUAUCAUUUACAUUUUAAGUAUUAUGUACACUUUUAGUAUCAUUUACAGCUAAAUAUGUAUAUUUGGACUCAUUUUAUUAAUGACAAAAAAGUUAGUAGGGGAUACAUAAUAUUUCAGCAUGUUUCUCUGGUGCCAUAAAAUGUGUCCCCCUUCUAUUUUCCUCCAAUGAUGUAGUAACUUCAUGUGGUUUAUUACGUACACCUUUAGUAUCAUUUACAGCUGAAUGUGUACAUUUGGACUCAUUUUAUUAAUUACAAAAAAAGUUAGUAGGGGAUACAUAAUAUUUUAGCAUAUUUCUGUGCUGCCAUAAAAUGUGUCCCCCUUCUAUUUUCCUCAAAUUAUGUAGUAACUUCAUGUGGUUUAUUAUGUACACUUUUAGUAUAAUUUACAGCUAAAUAUGUACAUUUGGACUCAUUUUAUUAAUUACAAAAAAAGUUAGUAGGGGAUACAUAAUAUUUUAGCAUAUUUCUGUGCUACCAUAAAAUGUGUUCCCCUUCUAUUUUCCUCAAAUUAUGUAGUAACUUCAUGUGGUUUAUUAUGUACACUUUUAGUAUAAUUUACAGCUAAAUAUGUACAUUUGGACUCAUUUUAUUAAUUACAAAAAAAGUUAGUAGGGGAUACAUAAUAUUUCAGAAUGUUUCUGUGCUGCCAUAAAAUGUGUCCCCCUUCUAUUUUCCUCAAAUUAUGUAGUAACUUCAUGUGGUUUAUUAUGUACACUUUUAGUAUCAUUUACAGCUAAAUGUAUGCAUUUGGACUCAUUUUAUUUAUUACAAAAAAAGUUAGUAGGGGAUACAUAAUAUUUUAGCAUAUUUCUGUGCUGCAAUAAAAUGUCUCCCCCUUCUAUUUUCCGCAAAUGAUGUAGUAACUUAGUGUUGUUUAUUAUGUACACUUUUAGUAUCAUUUACAGCUAAAUAUGUACAUUUGGACUCAUUUUAUUAAUGACAAAAAAAGUUAGUAGGGGAUACACAAUAUUUUAGCAUAUUUCUGUGCUGCCAUAAAAUGUGUCCCCCUUCUAUUUUCCGCAAAUGAUGUAGUAACUUAGUGUUGUUUAUUAUGUACACUUUUAGUAUCAUUUACAGCUAAAUAUGUACAUUUGGACUCAUUUUAUCAAUGACAAAAAAAGUUAGUAGGGGAUACAUAAUAUUUCAGCAUAUUUCUGUGCUGCCAUAAAAUGUGUCCCCCUUCUAUUUUCCUCAAAUUAUGUAGUAACUUCAUGUGGUUUAUUGUGUACACUUUUAGUAUAAUUUACAGAUAAAUAUGUACAUUUGAACUCAUUUUAUUAAUUACAAAAAAAGUUAGUAGGGGAUGCAUAGUAUUUCAGCAUAUUUCUGUGCUGCCAUAAAAUGUGUCCCCCUUUCUAAUUUUAACUCUAUCAAGAUAAAGAAAUAACAUCAAAUCACAGGAUGUUAUUUAUGUAGUUUACUAAUUUUUCUCGACUGGUGCACUAACAUCACGUGGUUUUUUUGGGUUUUUUUUUACAUAUGUAGCAUCAUCUGCAAAGAUACAAAGAAUUGCUAUUGCGACAUCUAGUGGACACAUUUAGAACAGCAGUUUAUUUCAUUAAAAAAUUUCGGCUCAUUUUUAUAUUUAGCAAACUCAGAUACAAGUACACCACGUAACGUACGGGUGAUCAAAAGCAUUUGUUCGGGUAGGAACGUCGCAUGUUACACUUUUAUCAUUUUUGACAAUCAAAGAAUGAUGGUAAUAAUCCACAUUUUGUAUCUUUGACAUCGCUAAUAACACGUCUGAACAAGGCACAGAUUCAAAAUAUUUCAGGGAUACAGAAUUUUCGCACGACGCCGGGAUGUGAGAAUGUACUCUCUUGUCGGAAUUCUAAUGCAUUUACUGUAAUAUACUAUAUUUAUAGUACUGUAGUCGCUGUAUUCCCAGUAUGACGGGAGUGAAGUGGAAUAUCUCGUUUAAGGAGUUCCUCUCGUCUUUGUCUUUGCACUAUGUUCACCUUUCUUCCAUUUGUAAAUGGACGUGUAUAAUUGCAGUAUUCUACAGCGUUGGAGAAGAGUCACCGGGGGGGGGUCGUCGUGUAAAUGGUACAUAAAUCGUAUUUGAAAUAGUUUGCUGCGAGUGACUCCUGUAAAGUGGGUUUCGGCCAUGCUGUGGAGGAAUGUUGCACGGGAGAUACUCUGGAGGCACUUUAACAAAGAUCACACAAUCUCUAAUGUUUAAUAAAGUCUAUUAAUAUCAA